AUGUCUGACAAGGAUACUUCUACUCUUCAGAGCUACAUCGACAAGGCUAGCGGCGCUGCUCAGUCUGUUCUGGGCAAUAUUACUGGCAACAGGGCUGACACUGCUCAAGGCGAGAGAAAGAAGGACAUGGCCGAUGCCAAGAACGAUCUCUCCCAUGCUGGUGCUUCGAUCGGUGGCGUCUCCGUCUCCAGCUCAGGCGUCGCUGCCAACCAUCCAGAUCGCCAGCAAGGCUCAUGGGACCAGACCGUAGGCUCUGGCAAGGAGGCUCUCGGCGGUCUCCUCGGUGCUGAAGGCCUCAAGCGUGAGGGUCAGCAGCAGAACGCUCAGGGCAAGGCUCAAGAGGCUCAUGGCCAGGUGUCCGACCUUGGUACUGGUAUUGCCGACCGCGUUUCGGGCACUGUUGGGGGUGCCGUCGCUGGGUUGACUGGUGAUCGUGAGGAGCAGGCUGCUCAGCAGGCUAAGCAUGAUCAAGGGAAGACGCUGCAGCGUGGUGCCGAGGCCGACAUCAACAAGCAGAAUCAGCCGUAG